AUGACUGAUAUCCUUAAGCAGUUAGCUGAGAGACAGGGACCAGGACCACUUAACCAGCCCGGGGGCCAGGAUAGAGGAGAAGAUAGGGUUUUGGAGAGGUUCUUGAAGUUUAACCCACCUAAGUUCACUGGAGAGCCCGACCCCGAGGCAGCUGAGAACUGGUUAGAGAAAAUGACUAAUAUAUUCGCUACUUUAGACUAUACUGAAGAUAGGCGAGUAAAUUUUGCUGUUUUUCAAUUUGAGGAAGUGGCACGUGCCUUGUGGGACUUGAUAAGGGGGAAGUGGGAAAGAGCGCAGACCCCUUGGACUUGGGAAAACUUCACAAGGAAAUUUAAUGUGAAAUUUCUCCCACCCUUGGUCCAAGAGAAAAGGGAAGAUGAAUUCAUAAAGUUGAGGCAAGGAACUUCUAGUGUAGCCGAAUAUGAUGGAAAAUUUACUAAACUUUCUAAAUAUGCCCCAGAAUUGGUGACUAAUGAACGAAAGAGGAUAAGACGCUUUGUACAAAGACUUAAUGUGGAGAUUCAGGAGGGAUUAGCAACAGCCCAAAUCUCUACGUUCACUGAAGUCUUAGAAAAAGCACAGAGAGUCGAGAGUGCAAUGCUGCAAGUUAGAGACUUUCAUGCUAAGAAAAGGGGCACUCCUAGUAACCUUUCUAAACAGGCAGAUAAGGGUGCCCCACCUUUUAAAAAGGGAAAAGGAACGGGUGGAGUGGAGAUAUCUAUCACACCAAAAGGGACUCAAUCAAGAGGAGACCGCAAUGGGCGAGAUCAAUCGAGAGGGACACCUCCAAGUGGUCAAUCUGUGGCUCCCCAAGUUGUUUGUGGUUAUUGUAGCAAGUUCAACCAUACAGAGAGUGAUUAUUUUAGGAAACAAGGGAAGUGCUUGUAUUGUGGUAGUACCGAGCACCAGAUAUCCAAAUGCCCAACCGUACCAAAAGAAGGAAGUAGUACCCAAAAGCCUGAAAAGUCAACUGCUAAGCAGUCUAGGCUAGAGGAAGUCGAUCUAAAGCACCAGUUAGGGUUUAUGUAUUAG